GCACCCUCCCUUCGUCUGUUUAUGGGUCGUCAGCAAACUUUAGGAAAAUUCUUUGAAAUGCCCAAGUCCUCUAAAGCCGCCCCACCACAACAAACCAGCCUCGCAGAAAUGUGGGGACCCAAGAAGACAAAAGACGCGACAAAAGACGCGUCGAAGCCCCCGGAAACCAAACCUAGCCCACCAAUUUCUUCGCCCCCGCCUCUAAUCGCGUCAACAAAGUCCUUUAAAGACUCAGUGGAAGAGACACAAAUGAUGUCUGACGUUCAGCAGCCGAAUCCUCCAAACGCAAAGACGCGACCUCCAAGGAAGACAGUGGACCCCGUGUCAAGCGGAGGAGAAUCGUUGACUCGGAUGCUGAGGAUGACGAGUCUCCGUCGGCUCCCAGCUCUACCAUCCUCAUCUCAGUCGGUUUCUGCAGCCCAGGGCAAACAGAAGACUAAACUAAUCAACCGUAAACCAAGUCAAGACAACGAUAAUGAGGCUGGAAUUCCUAGUGCAGAUGAAGGGGAAGAUGAAGCUGACAUGGAUGAGAUGGACUCGGAUGAAGAGAACGAGAUUAUGGAUGGCAGGGGCGGGGCUUCCAAGAUUGCAGAAGCGGCGCUCUCACGAAUAGAGGAAGUUGAUAUCAAGGGCGGUUGGAAGGCUGGAGACCCAGUCCCAUAUGCCGCUCUUGCUAAAACGUUUUCCCUUAUUGAGAGCACCACCAAGCGUCUGGAGAAGAAUGCGCUCUUAACAUCCUUCUUAUAUCUGGUCAUCCAACGAAGUGCCAAAAACGACCAUAAGUCCUUAUUGCAAGCUGUUUAUCUGUGCAUAAAUCGACUUAGUCCAGAUUAUGUCGGGGUUGAGCUGGGGAUAGGGGAGAGCCUGCUCAUAAAAGCUAUAGGUGAAUCAACAGGGAGGAGUAUCGCUGUGAUCAAAAGCGACCUUAAAGAAGUCGGGGAUCUUGGACUCGUUGCAAAGAAUUCGAAAAACAGUCAGAGGACUCUAUUCAAACCGAAGCCAUUAACUCUGCCGGUGGUUUUCUCGAAUCUCCGCGAAAUUGCACUCACAAGUGGUCAUUCAUCGCAAAACAAGAAAGUGUCCAUUAUCACGAAACUACUUGCCGCCUGUCAAGAUUCGGAGGCCAAGUAUAUCGUGCGGAGUCUGGAAGGCAAACUGCGGAUAGGCAACGCAGAGCGUUCGGUCGUCGUUGCGCUGGCACAUGCAGCUGUCCUUGUCGAGAAAGACAAAGCGGGCAAGAAAUGGACUAAGGAGAAGCUGGAAACCAAACUUGAAGAGGGGGCAAACAUCAUCAAGUCAGUGUAUAGCGAACUUCCCUCUUACGACGAAGUCAUUCCCGCUCUCCUGGAGCAUGGGAUCGAGAAUUUGCAUGACCAUUGCAAGCUGACCCCUGGGGUCCCGCUGAAGCCCAUGCUAGCCAAACCAACCAAAGCUAUUGGCGAGGUUCUGGAUAGGUUCGAAAACAAGAGAUUCACUUGCGAGUACAAGUACGACGGAGAACGUGCACAGGUUCAUCAACUGGAAGACGGGACUGUUGGCGUCUUCAGUAGAAACUCCGAAGAUAUGAGCAAGAAGUAUCCAGACUUGGUAGAACAGCUCCCCAACUGUAUCAAGGACAGCACCAAGUCCUUUGUGUUGGAUGCUGAAGCUGUUGCGAUCGACCGAACAACGGGCAAGCUCAUGCCCUUCCAGGAAUUAAGCCGCCGGAAACGCAAGGACGUCAAAGUCGAAGACAUUCAAGUUCGCGUUUGUUUGUUUGCCUUCGAUCUCCUAUAUCUUAACGGCGAGCCACUUUUGAAGCUUCCGCUGACCGAACGGCGCAAGUUACUGCGCGAACAUUUCCAAGCUGUGCCUGGAGAAUUUGACUUUGCGAAAUCUUCCGACAGCGAAAGCACAGAAGACAUCCAAACGUUCCUGGAGCAAAGCGUCAAAGACGGUUGUGAGGGUUUGAUGGUCAAAAUGAUGGAGAGCGAUGCGAGCUUCUACGAGCCCAGUCGACGGAGCGUGAAUUGGCUCAAGCUCAAAAAGGACUAUUUAGCCGGUGUUGGCGACUCGCUCGACCUUGUCGUUGUCGGAGGAUACUAUGGCAAGGGCAAGCGGACUAAUGUUUAUGGUGCCUUCUUGCUUGCCUGCUACGACAGCGACGACGAAGUCUAUCAAACCAUUUGCAAGAUUGGAACUGGAUUCAGCGAAGAGGCUUUACAGUCUCAUUACGAGACUUUGAAGCCGCUCGAAUUGACCAAAGUUCGAGGAGAUAUCAAAGCUGGCGGAGCCAAACCCGACGUGUGGUUUGAGCCACAGAUUGUUUGGGAAGUAUUGACAGCGGACCUGAGUCUCAGCCCCGUCUACACUGCGGCCCAGGGAGUGGUCGAAGAACGGGGAAUCUCGUUGCGUUUCCCUCGGUUUGUUCGUAUACGAGAUGAUAAAUCAGCCGAGGAUGCCACUGGACCAGAACAGGUGGCAGAGAUGUAUCAAAGUCAGGCAUUGGCGCAGAGUAAAGGGAAAAAGAAGGGGGGCGACGACGGGGACUUUUGGUGA